UGUGAGAGAAGAAGAGAUGGAGUAAGUUAAAAGCAGUUGCUUCUCCACUUGGCCACACCUUGUCCACACAAGUUGUUCUGAUAAGAUCCCUUUACAUCCACACUUCCAAACCCAACUUGAAAAAGUUAAAAUCUUUGAGGAUUGUUUGUGAGCAUCAUCAGAAAAUAUGUCUAUGACAUGUUCCUUCCCAUGCAUCAAAAUCCCAACUUGUUCUUCAUCAUCAUGCACAUCUUCAUCAUCACCAUUACCACCAACACAUUCCUCAUAUUACUCUCUUAGAUUCUCUUCUUCCAAGCCUUUUUAUGCUGUUUCUACCAUAAGGAACUCUCAGACUGAAGGCCCUAUCAGAAGACCAGUGGCUCCUCCUGUUAGAGACCCUUCUUCUUCUUCUGGUGGCACUGUUCCUCAGCCCAUUAAGCCCACACCACCUUCUUCUCAGCCUCCACAACCACCACAGAAGCCACCACCUUCUGCUGUUUCUGAUGAUAAGAAUGUGGUCACACUAGAGUUUCAGAGGCAAAAGGCCAAGGAGCUUCAGGAAUACUUCAAACAGAAGAAGCUUGAAGAAGCUGCUGAUCAAGCUCCUGUCUUUGGCUUCAUUGGCAAGAAUGAGAUUAGCAAUGGAAGAUGGGCAAUGUUUGGUUUUGCUGUUGGGUUGUUAACAGAAUAUGCAACAGGCUCAGACUUUGUUGAUCAAGUAAAGAUCCUUCUCUCGAAUUUUGGGAUAUUAGAUUUGGAAUGAACACCAUAAAUAUUUUGUUCCUUACUUACCUUUCCCUGUCACUUUCUUAUACAUCGUCGGAUCGAUGUACCAAAGAAUGACAGGGAUAGAUAAAAGGGAAUAGAGCGAGUACAUUAUAUACAGUUAAUACUUUCUUGUUACCACCUCCUUAGUGUAAGCAACAUUGAUCAAUUUGUUUCAUCUUCAUUUCAUAGCAAGCAAGCUUGCUUGCUUUCUCUUCAUAUUGGUGAUAAAAGAAAAUAACAAGAAUGUGAUUUUCCUGUUUGACUAUGCUCAA